CCAUAAAAUGAUUUCAAAUAUUCAGAGUCCUCCAUUAAUCAAGAUUAAAAUUGCAGAAAAACCCAGCAAAAGAUGGAGGAAAACAGAAACUACUUGUUGUGGUUCUUCAUGGUUGUCCUGUUUUUUCAUCCAGGGAAGGAAGUUCAGGGGCUGGCAAUCAACUGGGGCACCCAAUCAUCGCACCCACUGCCGCCAAACAUCGUCGUGAGGCUCUUGAAGGACAACGGAUUCAACAAAGUGAAGCUCUUUGAAGCUGAUCCUGGAGCCAUGAAGGCUCUAGGAAAAUCAGGAAUUCAGGUUAUGGUGGGAAUACCAAAUGAACUCCUCCUGCCACUUGCAAGCAGUCCCAGUAACGCUGAUGCGUGGGUGCAACAAAAUGUCUCCAACUAUGUAUCAAAAUACGGAACAGACGUAAGAUAUGUAGCUGUGGCAAAUGAACCAUUCUUGGGUGCCUACAAAGACAAGUUCAUAAAAACAACAUUUCCAGCACUCCAAAACAUUCAGGCAGCUCUUGUCAAAGCCGGCUUAGCCAAACAAGUGAAGGUAACGGUUCCGUUGAAUGCCGACGUCUACAAGAGCGACAGUGGACUGCCCUCCGGCGGUAAUUUCCGGCCGGACAUUCAUGACCUCAUGAUCAGCAUCAUCAAGUUCCUUCGUGACAACAAUGGCGUCCUCACCAUCAACAUCUACCCAUUCCUCAGCCUCUACGCCGAUCCCAAUUUUCCCAAAGAGUAUGCAUUUUUUAACAAUUCGGCGAGCCCCCUUCAGGACGGCCCCAUCACUUACACCAACGUCUAUGACGCCAAUUUUGAUACUCUCCUCUCAGCGCUUGAGAAAAACGGAUUCGGGUCAAUGCCCGUCCUGAUCGGCGAGGUUGGCUGGCCAACGGACGGUGAUCCGAAUGCGAACGCUAAUUACGCCCAGAGAUUUAAUCAGGGCCUUCUCAGCCGUAUACUCCAAGGCAAAGGCACCCCCAAACGUCCCACCCUUCCGGAUAUUUACAUAUUCUCCCUAAUCGACGAGGACAUCAAGAGCAUCCUCCCGGGGAACUUCGAGAGACAUUGGGGAAUCUUUCAUUUCGACGGCACCAUGAAAUACAAUCUGGAUUUGGGAGGCGGGAAACCACUUGUUCCGGCCAAAGGCGUCCACUAUCUGGCGAGGCAGUGGUGCGUGAUGUCCCCUCAGGCGAGCUUAUCAGCCCCCAAUUUGGCCUCCAGCAUCAGCUACGCCUGCCAGUACGCCGAUUGCACCAGCCUCGGAAAUGGGUCGACGUGCGGCAAUCUAGAUCCUCGGAAAAAUGCCUCUUAUGCAUUCAAUGUGUAUUACCAGGCGAUGAAUCAGAGGAAAGAUUCGUGCAACUUUGCCGGGUUGUCGGCGAUUACCAGCAUAGAACCGUCUCAGGAACCUUGCCGAUUCGAGAUCAUGAUAGACUUGGGAAAACACGAGCUGCCUCCUUCUCCAUCGGUGAGCGCUUCGCCGGCGGCAACCAGAAUCAAUAACAUAGUUGCGGCGGCUUCCUCCUUAAUCCCGGCGCUGCUGCUCCUCCGCUGGGUUUUCUGAGCAGCGAGAAGAUUUUUCUUCUCCUUUAGUAAAUCUGCUCAUUUCUUUUCCUUUGCAAUUUGUGUAGGCCUGGUUCUAAGGCCCAACCCAUCCUGGAGAAUUGGGCUCAUCCUGGGGUCGGCCUAUUUGUUACAGUUUCAAUUGGAUUUAUUCUAUUUUCAGCGCCAUGAAUGUUUUUUCAUU